AUGGCCAGCUUAAAUGACUACUCCCCAGAGGAGAUUGUGGAAAUGGGAAUUGUGCAAAGAUUGAAGUUGUACAGCUGGAAGAUUGAGCUGUUUGCAAUUGCAGCAAUCUCAAUUUAUUAUCUUGUUUACAAGCUUGGAGCUGGUUAUAACGAGAAGGUGGCUCUGAAUUUCAUCAACUCCAUUCUCCCAACUUUGAAGGAGAACUUCUACCAAGUCGGUGUCACGGAAACCCAGCUGUUUGCUAAGGAUGAUGAUCAAAACUACACCUUAUAUGCGUCUGGAAGAACUAAAAUCCAAUCAAUGACUGCAAAAAUCCAAUUACAAACAAGACAAAAUCUUUCCAUGUGGGCCAUGGAGGCUGUUGUGGGCUAUUUCUUCCAAUCGGUCCCAGCGCCACAUGAUAUUGUUACCAUUGAAUUCAAAUUCGAUGAGGAAACAAGCGACAAAUUUGAUAACUUCAUUUGGGCAAUUGUUACAAAGGACAAGAUGGACAAGUUCAGAACAGAAAACUAUUUUCUAUCGUUAACAAAAACUUCGGAAUCUCCAAAGCUACCAUUACAAUUUGUCUUUAUGAAUGAAGUUCCGGAGAUGAAUGAUGUUUUAUUUACCAAAAAGCUGUCUGAUGCAUUAAAGGAUAACUUGGAUACUCUCAAGUUCAUUGCAAUCACGGACCAACCUUCUGAAAAACCAGUCAAAAUCUCAGAAUUGAAGCCAACGAAGAAGGUGGUGCUACAAUUCUCUAUUUCCAAUAAUGCCAAAUCAAUCGAGUCAAUCAAGAAUUUCUUUAACUACGUUCUCAACGAUUAUCUCGAUUUAGUUGCAAACAGAUCUGUCUUCAGACCUGAAUUGACCAGAAAAGUCAAAAAAACCAGAGAGAAUGAGUACAAUAAGCUAAAGAGAAUCUUGGACGAUAUCAAGAGAGAAGAGCUCAACAACAAAAAGAUUGAAGAACAGAGAAAACUCAAGGAAUCAAUGACUCCUGAAGAGCAGCAAAAACUUGCAAAGAAACAACAGGAGAGAAAGCAAAGAAAAAUGCUAAACAGGCAAAAGGUUAGAGGCUCUAUGUGA